CAUGACAUUUGUUAUUUUUGUAUGAAUAAUUAGUAUAUAUACUACUGGUCUAAAGCGGUGGCAACUGAAAAUCAUUAAAUACUAUCAGCCAUCAGUUGUUGUUUAGCAUGUCGCAUUGCAUGAUCACGUAUUUAUUCGAACGAAAUUCACGCGCAGUAUCAGUGAAUGAUGGAAAUGCCCAUAAAUAUUUCUUACAUUGGUACUACCAUCAAACAUGAACGACGUAGUUGAGCGAGUAUUUAAGACUUUUAAGAUAGUUUUGAAUAUUAAUUUAACACGGACUCAUCGUUUCAACUAUUUCAGAUUUGGUUCAUAUGAUUUUUGUCUCUAAAAAGAUUAACAUGGUGGAGAAUUUGUGUGUCAUGUGGUCAAUCCUUCACAUUGAAAUGGACCAUAGAAAAUUCGGUGAUAAAAGUGCAACUUAACCGUGGUGAACAAGAUGCUUGGUGGUCUGCCAAUAUGUCCGUUUAAAUCUUCACACAUCAUGUCUUUAUCUGAAUGUAAGAUAUCUACAGCCAACAUCAUGAUAAAAUGCGUAAAAGAUAAUCUCUUAAAUAUUGAAUUCGAAGAUCUCGAUAUGAUGCAGAAUUUUGCUAACAAUGCAGACGUUGAAAACGCAAUACAAAAAUACUCUUUAUAUCUAGAGAACACCAUCAAAGUACUUUUGGAUAGCGAGUAUGCACAUCUAGGAUCUCCAUAUGAGGUGAUUGACAAAAUAUUUGACAUGAUAUGCAAAGCGUGGGCCGUGCCCAACUGCAAACUCGGGUACUGGUUAUGCAACAAAUUACGAAAUUGUGGUGGACUAGAUUUGUUGAUAAACAAUUGCGUUUCCAAAGACCAAAAUCUACAGUUCUCCAGCGCCAGAUUACUAGAACAAUGUUUGAUAACAGGAAAUCGUGAAUAUGUAUUGGAAAAAGGGGUAGAUAAAGUCGUACAUGUAGUGUGUGAGUACAAGACACAAAUUAGUUCGGUGGAUAAAUAUAAUGUUAGCACUGGAAUCCUUGAAAACUUAUUUAAACACAAAGAAAUUAUGUCUAUUGAUGUAAUACAAAUCGGUGGUUUGGACGUAUUGCUCUACGAGUUUCGAAACCGAGACAUUGUGACACUAGAACAUUGCGUCAGUGCUUUAGCAAAUUUAUCACUGUAUGGAGGUCCGGAAAGUCAAGAUUAUAUGAUAAAGCAUAACGUACCCCAAUGGUUGUUCACUAUAGUCUUUAACACAAAUGUUAACAUCAAGUAUUAUGCUUUUUUGGCAAUAGUCGUUUUGAUCACUAAUAAUGAGGAAGACGAAAUAACGGUGAAAAAAUCAAAAUCUUUAAAUUUGAUUAAUCCGUUUAUCAUUACACACAAGUCUACAAAUUUCGCUAAACCUAACCUGGUUCCGCAUACUUUAGGUCAAAGUCAAAAUUGGCUUAAGAAACUCAUCCCGGUUUUGAGUUCCAGUAGUGAGGAAGCGUGCAACCUGGCAGCAUUUCAUUUCUGUAUGGAUGCCGGAAUUAAAAAGCAACUUGGUAUGACCAGCAUAUUCAGAGCGAUCAACGUGAUUGGACCAUUAAAAAAAUUAGCCAUUGACGGAAACUUUAUAUCGUCCAAAUUAGCAGCAAAAACAUUAAGAUUGAUCGGCGAAGAUGUACCCUAUCAACUCAGUCAAGAAGUUCCCUUAUGGUCAGUAGAUGACGUACAUGAAUGGGCCAAACGAUUCGGGUUUAGAGAAUAUGCCAAUGACUUAUCGGCAAAUCUUGUCGAUGGUGAUCUUUUGUUACAAUUAACCGAGAAAAACUUGGAAGAUGACAUCAAAAUACAAAAUGGAAUUACAAGGAAAAGAUUUAUAAGAGAACUAGACAAAUUAAAAAAAACCGCCGACUACAGUAGUAAAGAUCCAACUGGUUUGCACUUAUUCUUAAAUUCAAUUGAGCCAACGUAUACUGUGUACACAUAUCCCAUGUUGAAUGCAGGAAUCAACAUGAAUACGAUCAGGAAUUUAACUGAAGAUAAGCUCGCAGUCAAUUGUGGAAUCGCAAACAGAGUUCACCUAUCUCAUAUACUAAAUUCAAUUAACAAUGAUGAAACCACGGAUGUAUUUAUCAGUUACAGACGAUCAAAUGGAUCUCAGUUGGCUAGUUUGCUUAAAGUUUACCUAGAAAUUCGAGACUAUCGAGUGUUCAUCGACGUGGUACGUUUGAAAAACGGAUAUUUUGGCCAUAACCUAUUAAAACAUUUAAAACGGGCGAAAAACUUUGUGCUUGUAUUAACUAAAAAUUCGUUGGAUAAAUGUGUUGGCGAUAACAGAUGCCAUGACUGGGUUCACAAGGAAAUUGUGACUGCGAUGCAGAAUCAGCUGAACAUAAUUCCCAUCAUAGUGGACAAUUUUUCUUGGCCAGAUACUCUUCCAGAGGAUAUACGCAAUUUACGAACGUACAAUGUAGUACAGUGGUCACACGAAUCUCAGGAUAAAUGCGUGGAUGCUAUCGAGAAGGCUAUUCGUAAUCAUUCGAAUUGAACGCCGUCUUAGGAGGUUUUUUAUCAGACCUAUCCACAGUGUGUGGUUAAUCCAUUUUCAAGAGUAAUUCUUUAUCAGCCAGAAUAUCAUUGAAUUACCUUUAAUGACCAUCCACCAUCAUCACCUGCCAAGUGACGAUCUCUGCAAAAUGGACAAAAAUUUAAAACUGCCGCAAAUAUUAAACAUAAUAUACAUUACUAAAUACUAAUAGCACAAUUUUAUUAUUAUUACAAAAAGCACCUGUUUAUGUAUUAUUUUUUAUAACAUUAUAUUCACAAAAUAAAAUUCUAAAAUAUA